AUCCAGCCAAUCUCCCCGCGCUCUCGCGGGCGGGCGUGCUCCUGAUGACGUAAAGUGGAGGGUUAGGUUCCCGCCUCUCCCAAGAGGCACUUCCGGUUUCUCCGCGUUCACUUCCGCGUCUCUUUGAUUUUGUGUAGUUUCGGCGCCAACUGCUCUGAACUUUGCUUGGUAAAGGAUUCGAGGGGCGUCUUCGAUAUUUUGAAGCACUUUUAUAAUUAUUUUGUUUAAGUCAAGAUGUCUAGCAAAGCAAAUGCCUCCAAGAGAAGGUCUCAACCAUUAAAAAGAAAUUCAAAAAGAAAAAUUGAUGAGAAAGAAGAAGAGUUAUCUGAGAAAGAGGUUAGAAACACAGUGAAAAAAAAUAAAAGUCAUCCAAAGCAUCUGUCUUCUGAAGUAACUGGACAAACAAAGCAUACUAGUCUAAAAGAGGUAAAGAUUGCAUCACAUAAGAGAAAAACCUGGCAACCUCUUUCAAAAAAUAGCAGAGAACAUUUGCAAACUAUGAUGGAAUCAGUAAUAAUAGCAAUUUUGAGUAACAAAACUAGAGAAAGUGAACAAAUUCAGUAUCAUCUAAACUUCCUCAAGAAAAGACUGCUGCAACUGUGUGAAACCCUGAAAGUCCCUCCCAAAAAGCUACAAGAUUUAACUAAUGUGUCAACUCUGCUGAAGAUGGAAAGGGCACAGCACAGAGCUAAUGAAGAGGGUCUGGCAUUAUUGCAGGAAGAAACAGAGAAAAUAGUAGAGACUGUAGAGUCAAUGACUGGGAAUAUUCACAGCCUAAAGAACCAGGUUCAUGUUCUGACAAGUGAGGUGGAAGAAGAGGAAAAGAAAAUAAAACAGAUGCUUCAGAUAGAUAGUGGAGUACUUUCUCUUCCAGAACUUCCUCAGAAGAGUCUCAAAGCACCUGUACUUCAGAAAGAAAUUUUGACAUCGAUUCCAAACCACAACGCUCUUCUGAAGGACUUGGAAGUUCUACAUAAUUCAUCCCAGGUGAAGAACAUGCUGACUUUCAUCAAAGAAGUCUAUAAAAGGCUGGAUGCCUCUUAAAGAGUUGUUGUUUUUUUUUUGUUUUUUUUGUUUUUUUAGUUGUUUCAUGUUAAUUUAAUGUUUAUGAAUUUCUAAAAAUGUUAACCUAUGAUGAUAUUGCAGAGGCUGAGGCUUCUUCCAGAUUUAUCUUCCUAACGUGCACUUUAAAAUUAACCUCAUAAAUCUACCAUUAGCAUCUAAUGUAGACCUUGAAAACUCUGUUUUUACCACUUCCCAGGUCUAGGAACUCAGGUGUGUGUUGCUUUCUCUCCAGUUAUUUACCUAAAACCAUAAAAUAAAGAGCCACAAUAUAGUGGUUUGGCUGAAGAGAGCUCAUUUACUGGGUAAAUCUACCUAUGGUAGUGCAGAGGAAAUGUGAUGUCGUGACUUUAUGUAUGCAAAGUGUUUACAGUGACUGGCUCAUAAAAACAUAAGUGUUUGGUA